AGCUUUGUUUGGUACUAGUUACUAGUUAUUAUUCUGUGGCUUUGUGAAUUAUUUCAGGAGCAAUCUUAGUACCUACCUUAGGUACCUACGUAUGUAGGUAUUUAGUAUUGUCGCCUAAUUAACAAAAUGGGCCUGUUGUUCUCUGGAUUUCAGCGCGAGCGCCCAUCCGAUGCGCUGCAGCGCUUAUCAUUCGACAUCCAGCGCGUGCACAUAGACAUCGCCUCGGACAAGCAGCGGCGCCGGCGUGCAAUGCGAAGCAGCGCUGCAGCGAUUUUGAUCGUCAGUCUUGCGACCUUCUGCGGGCUGAAUCUGAUUGGGGCUGUCGAGUGGUUGUUUGCACUGCUGUACAUGAGCCCUUUUAUUUUGUUCGCAUGCGGUAUUCAAGCAGCAAUAAAGUUCUAUUUCGCGUGGUCCCUCAAGAAGAAUAUGAUAAAACUUGCCUCCCUCAAGGAAGAGAAAAGGAGUGUGUUGGAAGAAGUCAAACAUACUGAGUCUUAUGCGGUGGCAAAGGCGAUCCUGGACCAAUUUGACACAUUAGAUGACGAAACAGAUGACAGAAUCAACCUGGUUUAACUUCCAGUCUGGAAAGCACGACAUUUUUAUCUUUAACUCGUUUAAUGCACGCACGUUCCAACAAUCUCUCUCUUAUAUAUCGCGGAUCGUGAUAUAGUGAUAGUGAAGUUUAUCUACUUAGGCCAUACCGCUGGAACUGGUAGAGCUUAAAUAACUAUAGGUAGGUACCUAUAUGUGAACAGUUACCUCUGUGGUAACUAACUGAGCCAUGAGUGCGAGUUUUAUCGCCGUUUCAGAAGCGGCGAGUAAACGUGAAUUUGUAUGGCGCGGGAGAGACGCCUAGCCGUAAGUAGCUGCACAACUUUGCGCUAGGUUUCACUGCUCGAUCGGUAUUGAAAAACUCACACUAAGCCCCCUGUCAUGGGAAUCUGUCUACCCACUGUGGUUUACUUCUCUAACCUACCCACAACACAAAUCAAUUUCAUAAAUUCCAUAUUGUAAGGUGUAAGUCUACCUCAAGUUCAGUAUGUUUCUUGUUAUCUAAACUAAAGUAUACUUAAGUCAGUAAAAUAUUUUAUAAGUACAA